CACAAGCCGUUUUGUCGGGUGGAUACUCGAGACGUUAAGCAAUCACGGGAGAUGGUUUGAGAAGCACGAUAAGACGUCCUCGCAACAUAGAGUUUCGAUCAGGGAGCUCGUUGCUUUAGCCCGAGAGCUGAGAGCUUGCAAGAUCCACGUCCCGAACCGGAUAAUCGAGCUUUUACAAUCGAUUCUGCAUAGGAGACGACGCUGUGCAGAAUGGUUUCAAUACAGUGCCAAGGCGGUAGUGGAAGUGGUGCAGAAUGAGACCCAUCAGCACUUCAUCGAAACCCUCGAAGAAGUUCUUGAAAUGUUCACGUCGGCACUUCAUGUUUCUCCAGUUUCCAAGACGACUAUUUCACGAGGUGUAGCGCAUCUACAGCCCACAGUAAGUGACGAGGCUGAAGAAGCAGCAGCUCUAAGCGCCGCCUUUCAGGGAAUGCAUUUGGACCAGCAGGGAACAAACUCAAGUACCGAAGACAUCGGACCAAAUGCGCUGAAGCUCGAAGCUGGCCAGGCACUCUCGGGAAACUUCAACGCCAAAGACGACGAAACGGCGUAAGAAGAAGAUAUAGAGAUCAUAUCUUCUCAAGAGGACAAGCUCUUCCGAUGCUUUUGUGUACUGGAGGACCUCAACAGAAUCAGAAAAUAUGUUAAGGAACUAUGGACGAAACAAAAGCACGGGAAGCUGCCUCUGAUGACUGCCUCAUUGGUGACAGAACAAGCUGUAGGCUUGGCGAGGAGACUUGCAGACGACUUCGACGAUGCUUCCAGCGCAGAAGACAGGACCUAUAGGCGCAUGUUCGUCGAGUUCUUUUUCGAUCUAGCUUGUCGAACGCAAAGCCCAAGCUGUUCUGGCACGACCCACUACUUCCAUGACGGCCUCGAAUUCGACGUAGAAGUCAUGAGCGAGAUUGUGGACUGGAUCUUCCUUGAAUCAUAUGUCUACAUCACAAGACCUCAGACUUUGAUGAAAGCCAAGCCACUCAAGGAAACCCCUUCGCAGGCUCAAGACUUCCCUUUCGGAGUGACGGCCAAACACCUCCCAGGAACGACUGUUUUUCCCUUAGACGGAGAAAUCUACGACCAGUAUUUCUUUUCCGCCACUUCAGCCCUCUUCCGCGAAAAGGGACUCGGGUUCACGGACAGCAUUACUGAAAGUAUCCAGUCCCUCAUGAACGUCGAAGGGUCAUCGAUGGAAGAUGACUCAAGGUCGGUGUCUCUCGCUACGGUGUUUGCUGUUCAAAUCUUCAUCGACAUCCAACGUCUGCUUACUGAUCAAGGACUUUCGCAGAGCGCCAUUGAAGUGGCGAAAAGUGCAGGAUUUGGUUUCAUGACACUGCCGACUCACGUAUCUCUUGCACGAACAAGGGUUUGCUUCAAAUCAUUGACGAGAUGGACCGACGUCUGACACAGAUGUGGGACAUCUGUAGUGAUGAGACCUACAAGCGUCUUCUUGCCAGGAAUCCUGUCAUGGCUGGCAUAGCUUGUCUGCACCUGGUGUGGACAUGCAACAGCUGGAGCUGCCAGUUUGUAGAUUCUACACCGCUCCUGUUGAAGGGUGCGCACAUCUACAAUGCAGCAAGGCAGGAAGGCGAGUUGAAGCAAUCUUGGCCCGAUCUCGACUUUGUCAUCUCGUUGCAUACUCCUCAGUAUGUCUUCGUGGGCGACUUUCCCAGAUCAUGCUCGCAAUAUCUUGGCAGAUUUGCACUAGCUUGCGGGAGUAGUCUUACGAGAAGAUGCUUGGAUGUCGACAAGGUGAGGCUCUUCAACACCCAUCUGACUUGGCUGGCGUCCUUCCUGUUUGACUUGAGUCACGUUUCUCUACCAGCACGCGAUCGAAAAGCAGAGCAACUUGAGCUCAUGGUUACUGCCAUGAACAAAUAUGGGCAUGGGACAAAACACAUCGAGAUGACGAAGGACAACUAUCGCAGCCUUGGCAAUGCUUCACACCUCCGAAAGGUGUGCGCGAACGAGCUUCAAUCUGGACCCAUGUCCCUUCUCGGCGGCUUAACGCAGGCUCUCGGCGAUUUGUUACCGGUGCUG